GUGACUCGAGCGCUAGAAACGUCCCAUUUCUAGGUCGGUGCUUCCAGAGAAAGGUCCCUGCCCAAGCCGUCACACCGCCGGCGACACCGGUAACGGCGGUCUUCACCCUCCUGUGCGUACAUAUUAGCCUUGGAGAGAGCUUCCCACUGUCCGUGAUUUGCAGCUAGAGGCUUGUUGCAGAGAACAUGGCCAAGCAUCAUCCUGAUUUGAUCAUGUGCAGGAAACAGCCGGGAAUCGCCAUUGGACGACUCUGCGAGAAAUGUGAUGGGAAGUGUGUCGUCUGCGAUUCCUACGUCCGUCCAUGCACGCUGGUACGCGUAUGCGACGAGUGCAACUACGGUUCUUUUCAGGGCCGCUGUGUCAUCUGUGGGGGAGUGGGAAUCUCCGAUGCUUACUACUGCAAAGAGUGCACACAACAGGAGAAGGACAGGGACGGGUGUCCAAAAAUCGUCAAUCUAGGAAGCGCAAAAACCGAUCUCUUCUACGAACGCAAGAAGUAUGGUUUCAAGAAACGGUGAUGGUUCUCGGAUUGAUGUGAACCAGUGGUAUUGUUGAGAUACCAGCUUCGAUGUUAUGAUAUCGGCUCUCUGCAAUCCUGUUUAGCCUAACUUGUCAGAAAUGUAAUUGAGAAGCAUGUGAUGGAUAUUGUUCUUGGAGGAGAUGAUACUUUAUGUUUUGGUCU